AAAAGUCAAUCGCCUGCAGCCCGCGUCGGAGGAAACCAGCGAAUCGCUUGCGAAUAGUGCCUAGAUUGACGGUGUGCAUGGAGUGCAUACGAGAAAGCAAGACAGAAAAGAAAAAACAAAAGGCCCGGAGACCGGCCCCCAUUCUCAACCCUAGAGUAUGGGGGGUGGAACACCCCUGACAUCUCCAUUCCAUUCCGCUCCAUCGCUUCCAUUUGUUCCAUUUGUUCCUGCCUUCACAUGAACAAGUAAUAUACACAGGCUCAUCUCGUUUCAUCUACAUGUAUGAACAAUUGACCCGUGUAAACGAGCCCCACACGGGCGGCGGGCGGCGGCGGGCGUUCCAAACAUUCGCACCUCGUGAUAUCCUACACACUCUACGCACUCUAUCCUACAGCCCUCGCUCGCUCCCUCGCUCCGACGUCCGCCCGUCUCCUCCCAUCGUUCCCCACGAUCCGUCGGGAGAACUUACCGCAUGCCAAUAUGCCAAUAUAAAAAUUUGCGAGGAAAAAAAUAGAUGGAUAGAACAACGUGGGAUGGCACGUGCACGUGCAUUGGUAUGUUGGUAUGCAUGUUGGUAUGUAAGAACUCCGGAUGGGAUCUGUUGGCAGGCAGGCAGGCAGCUGCACGGAAUUCACGCACUGCGCUGCGCUGCACUGCGAUGUACGGAUUGUACUGCACGGAUUGAAUGCACGGACUGGGAAAAGGUCGGGUCAAAGCUCCUCUCGAGGGAAUCGAGAGAAUGUCGGUUUGGUACCAGCCAGCGCACGCAGGUUUACGCUGCUCUGCUAGUACUAGGUGCAAUGUGCUCUAGGUGCAAAGCAGGUAGCAGGUGCUUUGGGUACCGAUUGCGGAGACAUGUACGGUUGAGUACGGUAGAGUAGAGUGGUUACAUACGCGCUGCAGGGCAUGUACAAUACAUACUGUAUGUAUGUAGAGUACCUCUCCUAGGGCUCUGCUAAGGCUCGACC